AUGAAGAAUCAAAUCCUGGGCGACAUACCUGCAUCAAGAAGCAAUCCAUCUCGUCCUUUUGAACACACUGGCGUAGACUUCACAGGCCACGUAUUCCUCAAGGCCAACAAGGGUCGUGGUAUCAAGACUACUAAAGGAUACGUUUGCGUGUUUGUCUGCAUGGCCACUAAAGCCGUCCAUCUCGAACUGGUAUCGGACAUGACAGCAUCAGCUUUCAUAGCGGCGUUGCGCAGAAUGGCGGCUCGAAGAGGUACUCCCUUACACAUGUACAGCGAUAAUGGAAGAAACUUCCUUAAAGCAAGCAAGACACUCCAGGAAGAAUACCUCGAAAUCCAGAACAUCGUGAAUCCAGAGUGUCUAGGUGCGAUAUCCGACAUGGGAAUCUCCUGGCACUUCAAUGCACCGGCAUGGCCAACAGCCGGAGGCUUGUGGGAAAGCUGUGUCAAAGCGUUCAAAUACCAUCUAAAACGGGUCAUCGGAGAUCAAAAACUCACUUACGAAGAAUUCAGCAGUUUAUUAGCACAGAUCGAAGGCUGUAUGAACUCGAGACCACUGUGCGCUAUAUCAGAAGAUCCUGAUGACAUCAACUAUUUGACUCCUUCUCACUUUCUAAGCAGCGGACCAACUCUAACAUUGAUAGAGACAGAAAGAGACUUGCGUACAAGAUGGCAACUCACUCAGAAAAUAUUUCAAGACUUAUGGAAAAGAUGGCGUUCUGAGUACCUAGCACUAUUGAACUCUAGAAGUAAAUGGAAAAAGCCUCUAGCCAACAUCGGCCUUAAUGACGUCGUGCUCAUUCAUGAUGAUAACCUGCCGCCGGGAAAAUGGGCACUGGGCAGAGUUAUAGAGCUACAUCCGGGACAAGACGGAUAUGUAAGGGUUGUGACCCUUAAAACGAAAAACGGCACAUUAAAGCGUCCAGUACUCAAGCUCUCUAUUUUAUUGGAACACCCCGAAGAAGAACUACCUAAGAUGCAUCAAGAACUCGAUGAUCAAAACUCAACAAGGAGUCCUCAAAAACCAAAGGCAAACAAGGCCAGGCUUUCACUGUCAUCAAUGUUCGCAGCACUGUUAUUAUUUUUAUCAUGCCUCUCAACCGGUCAGUGCGAUGUCAACAUAAUACCAUUUCGUGAAACACAAGGGCUAUACUUCGAUAAAUUAGCAGACAUGAUGUUAAUUCGAGAUGAAUGGAAGCUAGUCGUCUAUUAUAACAUAACAUGGAGCCUUAUUGGGACGCAACGAACGCAUUACAAAAAUACACCCGAUUCUUAA